CUCUCACACACACACAAACUUGGUUGAGUUCAAGCGUCUAUUUCUGUACUCGCGCUAACUCCCCUCCAAUUCCUCUCUGAAUCCCAACAGCCCAACAAAAUAAAAUCGAAAUUCCAAAACCCUAGAAAGACACAACCAAUCAUAAGUCUGGAGGGCUAAACCAUAUAGACAUUCCUAUAGCUAGACCUAUAUACGUAUAGAGAGAGUGAAACUCUGAUCGAUACCCUACAAGUCCGCAGUGGACCGAUUAAUGGCGUCGUCGAAGCUGUUGGCUUCUUCGACCUCGCGAAAUUCGGAUCUCAGACGCAAAUCUUCUCUCUCUUCUUCCUCCACAAAAUCCUCAACGAUCUCACAACUUCACACCAAGCACAACCAUACAAAUUCAAUGACCGUCGACGGAUUCUUGCGCAACGUCUACGACACCAAUCACGCCUCCGAAAACACAUUACUGGACGCCGAAAUCACUCUCCUCGACGCCGCCGGUGCCGUCACUGCUAUAAGCGAUAACGAGGCGGGCCCAACUUCGACGCCGAUAAUCCGGCGGCAAGAGAGUGUGCCGAGAAAGACUCUGGACGAUGUGUGGAGGGAGAUAGUGGAGGGAAAGAGAGAGAGGAAGGAGUGUAAAGAGGAGGCGAUGGAUGAAAUGAUGACUUUGGAGGUAUUUUUGGCCAAGGCAGGGGCGGUGGAGGAGGAGGAGGACGUGAAGAUUGAGACGGAGACGUUGAGCGGAGGGGUAUCUGCUUUUGAUAGUCCGGUGGUUCCGGCGCGUCCCGCUUCUUUUGCGGGGACGCCGGCGGCUACACCGAGUUUGGAUGGGGUGAAUGUGGUUGGGUAUGGGAAUGGAGUGGAGGUGAUUGGAGGAAGAGGGAAGAGGAGAGGGACGAUUUUGGAGCCGUUGGAUAAGGCAGCGCAGCAGAGGCAAAAGAGAAUGAUUAAGAACCGGGAGUCUGCUGCCAGGUCUAGGGAGCGAAAGCAGGCAUACCAAGUUGAGCUAGAAUCAAUAGCAGUGAGAUUAGAGGAGGAGAACGAGAGGCUGUUGAAAGAAAAGGAACUGGAAAUGGGUGUUGCUGAAAUUCAAACUUUGAAGCCUCGAAGCUAUGAAUUAAGAAAGUUUACAAGGUUCUUACGUGCAACCUUCAAAGAGAUAGCUUUGAAGACAGCGAGAUUAGGGAGAGACAAAUUGAAAGUUGGGGAUUUGAUUUUUGGUUUGAGGACGGAAGAGGCGGUGAAGGCAGCUGAGCAUACCAAGGAAAGGUUUAAACAGCUAAUGGAGAAAGUGGUCCCAGUUGUGGAGAAGCGAAGACCAGCACGUGUCCUCCGGAGGGUUCGCUCCAUGCAGUGUAUUGUUGAGUUGGAGAUUAAUGACCCUUAUCCAACUUGUGGAGAAGAGAAACUGAGGAAACAUCAUUUCUGCAGAAGUAUCUUCAUUGAAUCAGAUGUUUCUGCUAGAUGGGUGUUCUUGAGAGAAAAGGCAUAUUCCAAUUUAAGUCAUGAAAGUCAUCAUCUAAUGAAUAUGGGACUUCCAUGGAGAUUGGCAGUGCAAGGUGGAUCUAUACUCAGGUGGCAUAAUUUGACACUGCAAAGUCUAAAGGGAGAUCUUGGAUUAGAAGGAUAUGAAGCAUAUUUCCUGGCGUGUGGUGGUCAUACUGGUGGUGGUCUCUGGUGUUUAGCAGGUGUCUCCAAGUGUACGGCCGAUGGAGCUUGGAGCCUUGGACUUUGA